UUCAUUGUGAACAAAAACUACACAGCAGGUUUCAUCUUCAUCAGCUGCUGCAGCUCUGCAGUCAUGACUGCAUUAACAUCAGCACGUUUUGUGGCUUUGUUCGCAUGUUCAUGGAUCUUGGUUUUGUGUCAAGAGACACAGGAGGUGAUGGUGAAGCCUGGAGAGGACGCCACUCUUCAGUGUCAGAGUCACAGAGGGGCUGACAUCACAGUGAUAAAGUGGAUCAGACCUGACCUGAAGUCAGAUGAUGGUUUUGUCUUCUUCUUCAAAGACGGCCGCUCACAUGAAAACUACCAGCAUCCAUCUUUUCAUGGUAGAGUGGAGCUGAGAGAUCCAGAGAUGAAAAAUGGAGAUGUGAUUUUGAAGAACGUCACCACCAACAAUACUGGAACAUAUGAGUGUCGGGUUAGAGAGGAAAACAGUCCGGGCAAGAGGAACUCAUCAGCACCAUCAGGCUGA